AUGCAAUCUAUUUUGGUUCUUACACUCGUUGUGCUCGCUUUUAGCUGCACAUUGGCUCGCAAGGAGACAGUCAAACAACAGUGGAGUUUAUGGAAAAAUGCACACAACAAACGUUAUUCUAAUAACGAAGAACAUCUUCGUCGUGCUAUAUGGACAAGUAAUUUGAAGAUAGUUGAAGAGCACAAUCUUCAAGCUGAUCUUGGUGUUCAUACAUACUGGCUUGGAAUGAAUAAAUAUGCAGAUUUAACUGUCGAUGAAUUUGUAAAAGUAUUGAAUGGUUUCAAUAGCACGAUGCAGAAAGAACACAGUCAAAAUCGUCAAAAAUUCACAUCAGAUCCAAAUAUUGAAUUACCGGAUACUGUUGACUGGCGUGAUAAAGGUGAUGUUGUUCAUGUCAAAGAUCAAGGUCAAUGUGGAUCAUGUUGGGCUUUCUCAGCAGUUGGCUCAAUCGAGACUGCAUAUGCUAUUAAAACUGGCAAACUUGUUUCACUCUCUGAACAACAAUUAGUUGACUGUUCCGGUCCAUUCGGCAAUAUGGGAUGCCAAGGUGGUUUGAUGGAUGCAGCUUUCGAAUAUAUCGAAAAAGCUGGUGGUAUUGAAGCUGAAGAUGCAUAUCCAUAUCGAGCUGUUGGUAAAACAUGCGUAUUCAAUACAUCGGACGUUGUUGUUAAAGUCUGUGGGUUCACUGACAUUGCAUCAAAAGAUGAAGCAGCUCUUCAACAAGCCGUUGCAACUAUUGGACCAAUAUCAGUUGCUAUUGAUGCUGGUCAUACGUCAUUUCAGUUAUAUAAAAACGGUGUCUACAGUGAACCUGCUUGCUCACCAACCCAGCUUGAUCAUGGUGUUCUUGCUAUCGGUUAUGGUACAGACUCAGGCAAAGAUUAUUGGCUUGUGAAAAACAGUUGGGGUGUAAGUUGGGGUGAUGAAGGUUAUAUCAAAAUGACACGUAACAAAAAUAAUCAAUGCGCUGCUUCGAUCUUGUAUCGUUGGAAUACAACGGGCAUCACUGUAGCCGGUGCGAGUAACGGUUCUACAGGCACAGCAGAUAAUCUACUUCUUAAUCCAUAUGGGACCGCAUUAGGUUCAUCCGACUCACUUUAUAUUGCCGAUUUUAACAACAAUCGCAUUCAAAAAUGGAUGAUCAAUGCAUCCAAUGGUACAACGGUGGCUGGUCUAUCCAAUGCCACUGCUGGUGCAAGCUCAAUUGCUUUAAACAUACCUGUCAGUGUUGUGCUUGAUUCCAAUGAUAAUAUGUAUUUUACAGAUAGAAAUAAUCAUCGAGUUGUAUAUUGGGCAAAUGGUGCAUCAUCUGGCACUACGAUUGCCGGUAUUCUAGGUACUCCGGGAUCUACAAACGAUACCUUAUGUGGACCGUGUGGUAUAGCCCGUGACUCAAGCACAGGGACACUUUAUAUAGCUGAUACAUUCAAUCAUCGAAUAAUGCAAUAUCUCUUGAAUGCUUCUUCGGGUACAGUAGUUGCUGGUGGAAAUGGUCCAGGAAGUAAUAUUACACAGUUGGCGUUUCCAUAUGGUUUUACUUUUGAUUCACCCUCAAAUAGUCUUUUUAUUGCUAAUUAUCCAAACAAUAAUAUUGUUCGUUGGGUAUUAGGUGCAAGUAGCUGGACACUCGUCAUUGGCAGUCCUACUGGAUUAAGUGGUAGCACAUCGACACUUCUCAAUAAUCCGGUCGGCAUCACAUUAGAUCCAAUGGGAAAUAUCUAUGUAGCUGAUUCAGGAAACCAUCGCAUUCAAUUCUUCUUUGCAGGCCAAUCCAACGGCACAACCAUCGCUGGCGUCACAGGUUCAUCUGGCAUUAGUCAGAGUCAAUUAAAUUAUCCCUAUUGGGUCAUAGUUGAUAAUCAACUGAACUUAUAUGUAUCCGAUACUUCUAACAAUCGGGUUCAGUUUUUUUCACAUUCAUAA